AUGACUUCCCACCCGACAACGUGGACCCCACCGGAUCUAAAUGCGUUUCCUGUCCUAGCCGUAUUCCGUAUCCCCAUGAGCAAAAAAUCUGGCUGGGCCGUGGGACACGCAAUCAGAGGAGCCUACAUGGCCAACUUUAUGGACGGCCAGAUUACGCAGAUCGAGAUGGGUGAGCAGCAUUUCCAGGUCACCGCUCAAUUACAGACAAGCUCGGCGAUUCGCUUUCGGACUUACCUCAUCAACGCCAGAUGGAGAAGAAUAUCGGUAGCCACUUUGUUUCAUACCUUGGAGGAACGAGCAAACCCCGUUCUCAAGAUGCUGGAAGUGUAG